UUAAGAGUAUAUUAGGCAACUCCGAAUAUGGUUAGUUUAGGAUUGAUUGUAAUCCCGGGAUAACCUUCCUUAUCUCUAGGAGAGGCUACUUGCCCUCCAAGCCAUAUACUCCUACAUAUUCGCCCUAGAGGCUCAAUGCAAUACAUACCACGCAUUAUACCCAAUCUUACAAGAAUAUUAGGCUGAAAAUACAGAUAUUUUUUUCUUUUUUUGAAGAGGAACCACGGUAGGAAAGAAGCUGGCCUGAACAUUAUGUUGAUGCGAAGUUGUGUCAUGCAUAGUUUGUGAGGAUAGGGCAGAGUGAGAGUUAUUUACAUGAAAAAAUGCAGAUCUAUAUUAUCAAACACGGGGAAAGAUGUGUUGUUAAGGAAAAUUGACCUGCAAGUAGGAACUAGUCUGUGGUGUGAAACCCACUUUGAGAAAAAGGGCCUAUAUUGGCUGAUACUUGAUAGUAAAUGGUUGAAGCAUACUAUGAUAGUUGAUCAAGUAAUUAGCAGUCAUCUAAAUAUGACCUGUUAGACCAAAGGUACCAGUGCUGUAUUCACAAGGAAAGCUGUCUUUUUUUGAAAAAAAAAAUCUAAUGUGAGGCUAUCUUCUGUAUGUUAGGUUCUUUUAGUAGUGUUAGAUGUCUGCCAGCAAAGCACGUAUCAUUGCUGUUGUAUAUUUGAGCUAUUGAUUCUUUUCUAGGGAAAGACAUACAGAUCUCCCAUGUAUUCUAGAACACACUGUUAAUAAUUGAUGAGUGGUAAAUCAUCUACUAGUGUGUUGCCAAUUCUCUACUUAGCUGGUGUACAAGUGCAUUGAGAAAUCCUAGAAACUCUGUAGUUAUUUCCAGAUUUUAACUGAAGCUUGUCUUCUUUUAAAAAGAUGGAAAAGAAAUGUUUGCUUGACAUGACCAGGCCGGUUGAUUUUGAUGUAAUCAAUCAUCCUGAUUUUGGGGGUUUGUUUUUUGGUAUUUGGAAGUUUGCUUGAGUAGACUAAUUCAAAACAACCAACGCAGGUCUGAGUUGGCACUGAAUUCUUAUUAUACAGUUGACAGACUUUCACCCCACCGAACCAACCAAAUGGAUCUUAUCUACGUUUUGCGAACCAAGGUACGUUUUGCCCCCCUGAUAGCAACCUUUACUUUCAGAACUAGAUGAGCAUGCUGUGGAUUUUCAGAUUUUGUAGUGACAGGGCUUUCCAGAGUUCCCUCGCAAGUAGUUUUCCAAAGAUCAGUGCUAAAAGAAUUACGGUCAAAUUAUUGCGCCUUUGCAGCAUAGUACCCUUAUAUGCUUCCACUUUAUCAGUCUAUCCCCAUGUGAAGUCGCAUGCCUGCGUUUGUGCCUGCCUGCAGUUGUGCUCUAGAAUUCUUAACUGAAAAGGAAAAAGGGUGUGUCGGGAAAAAAGUAUAAAGGAAAAUCGCUGUUGCUGCCGUCGUCCAUUCGUCCUGCUUAAGAAAUAAGAAAUGUUCCGCUGACGCAAGCCCGGCCGCCCAAACCCAACCUGUUGUUUGCUCUGGUCCCGCGCCCGGUGAGAGUAACCCCGCAUGAAAAUGCCAGCGCUGCAGGCUUCCUAGGAGGGCCUUCCAGCUAUCACCUUCCAGCUACCAGCUAUGGUCAAGUCUUCUAUAGCAACCAGUAGCAUCUCAAUCGCUUUCGUCCACGAGGGCGCCAGAAUGAACAGAAGGGAUGUUCGUCGACCGUGGUGUUGUAGAAGCAUCUGUGCCGCAGAUUUUCAGCUGGGUACAGGGAGAAAGGAUAUGAAUGGGAUGCCAUCAUGCUAUGCUCAUUGUAGGAUGGGAAGAGAGGGGCGAGGCCACAGCCAAACAUCCGGAACGCCCCGCGAGUGGCCGGCCAUUGCUUGCUCGUGGGGCAAAACCUGCUCUGAGGUUCUAGGAAGAGGGAUGGAAGGGUUUGACCGACGGCUUCUUGAAGCCGGAAGCAGCAGCGCAAGGCACGGCACGGAGCGAUCAGCGAUGAGAUGGGAAUUCAACCAUUUGACCGGGCCACCGGGCAUUAGAAUAAUAAUAAAGGGUGGUUAUUUUGGUCUCGGACGUGGGCACUGUCUCAUGGUCAUGGGUCUGCAAGAGGUGAACAGGUCCACAACUGUUUCACGGGACUUUUUUUGUCUGUGACCGGGCAAGAUAUAACACAAGUUCACACUUCAGAUUAGUUGCCGCAGAUCACAGGUUAGGCGCGUCAGUAGAAAUGCCACAGAGUUCAUGGAGCAGAGAACCUGGUGUGGGGGGUACUAGUAGGUGAGCAGGAUAUAAGCAGACGACACAAAAACCCAGUUCAAAUGCGAGGGAGUCCCACCCGUCUGUUUUAUAAGUUGAAGUCCAAGCACCCGCCCCCGCCCCCGCCCCCGGCACACCCUCCACCCGCCGCCGGCCUCCCCGGACAUCCCGAUCCCUCCCCUCCGUGCCUCGGCGGAAUCUCCCCGUCUUCUCCUGCAAGCCCAAGCCCAUGGCGGGGCCUUCGCUCCAUGGCCGCCGCUCCAUGACCGGCCUCGCGCCCCUCCUGCUGCUGCUCGCGUGCGUCGCCGCCUGCUCCGUCCCGAGCGUGCGCGCCCAGGCCAUGAUGUACACCGGGCCCGACGCCGGCGGCGGCAGGGAGAUCACCAACUUCUCCUUCCCCGGGUUCGAGCGGGACCUGCUGAAGCUCUCCAACCUGACGUUCGCGGGCAACACCAGCAUCAACCAGAACUCGCUGCAGCUCACCCCGGACAGCCUCAACGACCCGCAGAAGUUCCUCGUCAACCAGACCGGCCACAUCUUCUACUCCACGCCGUUCGUGCUCUGGGCACCCAACGCGUCCAACGCCACCGCGGACGGCCGGCACGUCGCCUCCUUCUCCACGGUCUUCAAGGCCAACCUCUACCGCGGCGCCAACACGAGCGUCAAGGGGGAAGGGCUCACGUUCGUCGUCGCGUCCGGCAAGGACGGCGGCCCGCCGCCCGGCAGCUACGGCGGCUACCUCGGCCUCACCAACGCUUCCACCGACGGCCUCCCCUCCAACCAGUUCGCCGCCGUGGAGCUCGACUCGGUGAAGCAGUCCUACGACCCGGACGACAACCACGUCGGCCUCAACGUCAACGGCGUCCGCUCCACCGUCGCCGUCCCGCUCGCCCCCUUCGGCAUCGAGCUCGCGCCCAGAGACACCAACGCGACCAACGACGGCAGCAACUAUGUCUGGAUCGACUACAACGGCACGGCGCGGCACGUCUGGGUGUACAUGUCCCCGAACGCCGUCAAGCCAGCCACCCCCGUGCUCAACUGGUCGCUGGACCUCUCCGCGAUCCUCCUGGGGAGGAAGGGCUACUUCGGCUUCUCGGCGUCCACGGGCGUGGACUACCAGCUCAACUGCAUCAACAUGUGGAACAUGACGGUGGAGGUUCUCGAGGACGACAGCAUCCCCAAGAAGAGCCUGUCCGGUUGGAAGCUCGGGGUGGCCAUCGGCGUGCCGUGCGCCGUCGCGCUGGCGCUGGGGCUGCUGGCCGGCCUGCACUUGAUGAAGAAGCGGAAGAAGGUCGGGGACGACCCGAGCUCGGUGUUCAACAACGCCCUCAACCUGAGGAGCAUCCCGGGCGUGCCCAAGGAGUUCGACUUCAAGGAGCUGCGGAAGGGGACCGGCAACUUCGACGACAAGAUGAAGCUGGGGCAGGGCGGGUACGGCGUGGUGUACCGCGCCACCGUGGCCGGGGACAACGGCCAGAGCGUGGAGGUGGCCGUGAAGCAGUUCUCCGGGGCCAACACCAAGGGCCAGGAGGACUUCCUCGCCGAGCUCAGCAUCAUCAACCGCCUCCGCCAUCGGAACCUCGUCAAGCUCGUCGGCUGGUGCCAUGACAACGGCGUGCUGCUGCUGGUGUACGACUACAUGCCCAACGGCAGCCUGGACCGGCACCUCUUCGGCGGCAAGGACGCCGCGACGCUGGACUGGAGGCAGCGCCACACGGUGGUGGCCGGCGUGGCGUCGGCGCUCAACUACCUCCACCACGAGUUCGACCAGACGGUGAUCCACCGCGACAUCAAGCCGUCCAACAUCAUGCUCGACUCCUCGUACCACGCCCGGCUCGGCGACUUCGGCCUGGCGCGCGCGCUCGAGUCCGACAAGACCUCCUACACCGACAAGAUCGGCGUGCCGGGCACCCUGGGGUACAUCGCGCCCGAGUGCUUCCACACGGGGCGCGCCACCCGCGAGUCCGACGUCUUCGGCUUCGGCGCCGUGAUCCUGGAGGUCGUCUGCGGCCGCCGCAUCUCCUGCAGCAACCCGGCCGGGUGCAGCCAGCUGCUGGAGUGGGUGUGGCGGCUCCACGGCGCCGGGCGCGUGCUGGAGGCCGUCGACCCGCGCCUGGCCGGCGCGUACGACGAGGAGGAGGCCGCGCGGCUGCUGCUGCUGGGCCUGGCGUGCAGCCACCCCAACCCGCGGAAGCGGCCCACGGCGCAGGCCAUCCUGCAGAACCUGCAGACGCGCUCCGUGCCGCCGCUCCCCGUGCCCGCGUCCAAGCCGGUGUUCAUGUGGCCCGUGCCGCUCGCCGACGGGGAGGUGGAGGACGAGUACGGCGAGGAGCCGCCGACGUCCAUGUCGCACAGCGACGUCACCAGCUCCUCGUCGCACUACGCCUACGCGUCGUCGUCGGGGUACACCACCCAGAGCUACCCGGUCACCAGGGACGCCGCGGCCGAGAGGGACGUGUCCAGGGUUUGAGCGAGACCGGGAUCGAGCACGCCGGCAAGGCGGACGGGUCAGCGGCGGCGCACGUGGCCGGGCGGGAUCAAUCAGCUUGAGCUUGGCCCGGUCGGAUUUGGCGCACUGAUGAAGAGUCAGAGGCCGCGGAGCAGGUGGGCAACGUGCCAAAUGAACCAGAGACAAUAAAAACGUCAAACUGGUGCCUGGCAAAAUUGUGGACAGGGUUUUCGUCCUUCACAUUGCUGCUUUGUAGGUAGUCAGUCCUUUUUGUCUGCAGCUGCUGCUUGGUUUUGCUUCCUGGAAGCCAUCACCUCUCUAUAUAUGGCCGUGUGUGUAAAUAGCCGCCAUCUCUGUGUGUUGUCACUUUGUUGGGCAUUUUUACCAUUGGGUGACCUGUCUAUAAUUCGGAGUUCAAGUGCCAACAGGGGCUAGCAUGUGUGUUGUUGGUUCUGAUGAUUUUCGACAAUAAUGUGCGAUGCAGUAACGGUGUUAGAGAGCU